GAUCAGCAAGCACCAUUACGUCAAUCGAUCAGUGGCACUGCCGCCUUUAAGACUUUCUCCGACCCAGUGAUUACCACUUUCUCAUCCUAACCUUGCUCCCGCGCCCGACGUUGCGCCGUACACCGCAUCUCGGCGAGGCGCCUAUGACAGACUCAUCACUACGCAGCGCCACUCAUCCGCCCUUCUCUGAAUUUGAGUUUCUCGUUCGUUCUGCGAUAGCGGGGGGUUUCGCGGGCGGCUUGCGUGAUGCUAGGCUAAGACGGCUGUUGCGCCUCUCGACCGGGUGAAGAUUCUGCUCCAAACACAGAAUGCGGAGUUUGUUCGUUUCGCUGGUGAGGUCACACGAGUCGGGGAGAGCCGUCCACAUGCUCACGGUGCUAACAGGAUCUUGGAGGGGCGCGGUCCAGGCUUUGCAGCACAUUUCACAUACCCAGGGCGUGCGAGGGCUCUUCCAAGGACACACUUUGACACUUGCGCGGGCCAUACCACAUGCUGCCGUUGGUUACACGGUGUACGAGAAAGUCAGCGUGUGGUUAAUGCCCACACCUGAAUCACGUACUUCUUUCCGAAGGCUGGCCGCCGGGGCAAUCACCGGAAUCUCUGCUAUGCCGUUAACAUAUCCUUUCGAGCUGAUCCGCGUGCGAAUGGCUGUCGAGACGGGGCAGUCCAUCGCGCGUCCCACGCCAUGGGGCGCCAUUCGGGGGAUCAUGGCCGAAGGGAGAUCAUCGCGAGGGAUCACAAGAGUGUUCCCGUUUCUGCACUUCUAUCGCGGCUUUACUGUGUCACUCCUUGGCACGGUCCCAUAUCGGGGUGGGAUCUUCCUCGUUUGGGAGACCCUCAACGCGCAGUCCCGGGCUGUACUUUCACCCGCGACGCUCAGAGCGAACCAGACUCGAAUACACCUGGCCAUCGGGGCUGCAGCGGGGACUGUGUCACAAGUGUUCACGUACCCGCUAGAGGUCAUCCGCCGAACGCAGCAGGCCAGCGGAAAAGGCACGCCGGAUCGCAUGCUUGGUAUCAGGGAGGUCGUGAACGGCGUGUGGAAAGCCUCUGGCUGGCGGGGAUUCUUCACCGGGCUAGGGAUCGGUUUGUUCAAGCAGGUGCAGAGAUUGGAUUUCUUCCACCCGCUGUUGCUCACGUCUCACGCACAGGUGCCCACACAAGCGAUAUCGCUCGCGUCAUGGCAAGCCGCGAAGAAGGUCCUGCAAAUAUAGUCUCGUGGUGUAACAGUCCUAUCUAGAAUGGAACAAUGUACUAUUACACACUCACUCGCCGACAACAAGACAUCUAUUUCUAUUCAGAAAUGGGCAGAGUGACUAUCAUGCCCUGGUGCGGUUGCCCGUCCUCAUCGAACUGCUCGCCCUGCGAAAGAUUAGGCUCAGGGAUGGAUUCCUUCGUGGAAGCGACUCGCCUCUGGAAUGUAUCCGAAUCUGACAUGGCGUCAGAAAAAGUGAAGCGCGCUGGCCAGUCCACUCACUUGGCGUAGAAUCCCAUUGCAGGGAUCUGAGAGUGGCAUUCGAUCACUGCGGGCCGUUGCGUCGCUUUUGCAUCGUCUUGGACCCAGCGGUGCAGCUCCUCAACAAGGACGCGGCCGAACCGGUGUUUCCUGUAGUCUUUGUCCACCACCAAUCUAAGAAGCCUGUCAGUACGAAGGUGCAUCCAGCAGCACCGUGCUCACCGAGAUAGUUUGUACCGAUUGAUAGCGGGGUAGAUCUCGGGCGUCGUUCCACGGAUCGUGCCGACGGAUUUCACGGUGCGGAUCGACGUGUCAGGAUCCUCUUCGGUGACGCGCAACAAGAAAUGAGUCGCCAAGUCUUCCACC